AUGGGACGUCUCGGGUUGCUCUUUGAGAUGCGGCACGCAGAGACCAGGCCCGGCGAAACGGUGACUGUCGUCGGCGCACGCACGGAGCUGGGAGCGUGGGACUGCUACACAUCGGGAUUGCAACUUCGAACGGGAGCUUCGUGCUAUCCUUGUUGGGCAAUGUUGGCGCCAGUGUGGGUCUCGCCGGAAACAAGUGACUCAUCGGCUUCCUUGUGUCGUUCGGACCUUGACACUCCAGGGCACUCCGUUGCCAGUCCACGGAUCGUACGUGAUGCUUCGGUCAUCCCGGAGGAACCUGAAGUGGUUUCAAGUGGCGAUAGCGGGGAGGCAGAGGCUUCACGAGCUUCUCAUUUCAUCCAUAUUGAGUACAAGUAUGUCAAGGACCGCCGACAAGUCAAGGAUUGUGGGCCGUCCAUUCAAUGGGAGGACAGCAUUGCCAAUCGCCUGGUAAGCUUACCGUUCGAGCCAGGAAGUAUCUGGAUCAUCUCGGACUCGAAAUUCAAUGAUGUCAGGGAACAACCCAGAAUUAUUCGAACAACUCUGGUGGAGAUUUUGGCUCGUCGCGACAAGCUGGACAUGGAAUUCCGGCAUUCACUGCAGGAUGUCUCUCACUCUCCGGAGUGGAGUGGACGCGAGCCUGAAGACGACGGGUCAAGUCACCAUAGUGGUGGAACGAAUUGGAGUCAUCAUACAACUUCUACGGUGGGCUUCUUGGCGCAGUAA